AUGCUCCCCACCCCAGAGAGAGCGUUUCAGUUGAGUUAUGAUGAGAUUGAAGAAUCGCUGCCUACUACGGCGGUGAACUCGCCUGUGUAUGGACCUAGCAGGAGGGGUUCAGAUAGCAAGCUCUCCUAUGGCCCCCAAGCCCCUCCGACAAUCUAUACGCCUACCUUGAGUCCCACGAGGACCAAUUCUCUCCGGGGCAGAACCGCGUGUGCAUCGCCAAACGACCUGAUGGAGCAAGAUGAGAUCGUCAAGGAGAAAGUGUUGGUGGCGGAAUCCGAACUCCCCUUCAACGGACUGUCUACCGGCAAUGCUUUCGGGAGGAAGUACUACGAUGCCGCGUACAUGGUCGAAAAGAUACAUGAGCACGACGAUGGUGACCGCCUCCCACAUUGGAAGAAGGUGCUCAACAGGUUUGGGCCGUUGGCCACCGCGCUCGCCAUGGCCUCGUACUUUCUCUACUUCGGCUUCCGCAUCUACUACACGCUCGCCGCGCAGAGGGAGUAUCAUAAAGUCUACGUGAUGGCUUGGCUCUUCAUCGCGGCAGAAGCGGCGCUUGCAGUGCCUGCGGCUCUCCAUAACACUUAUGCGCUACUCGCUGUAAAAGGCCGGCGGAGGCCCAAGCUGCGGCUGCGCGGUGACAUCGCACCCACUGUUGACGUCUUCAUCACCUGCUGCAAGGAAGACGUGGACGUUGUAUUGGACACGGUCCGCGCUGCCUGCGCUGUCGACUAUCCUCAGGACCGAUUUAGGGUUGUCGUGUGCGACGAUGGCGCAGACCAGGAGCUGAAGAAAGCUGUAUUGGAUCUGUCCGACGACUAUCCCAACCUCUUCUACCAUGCUCGUGUCAAAGUCAAGGGUGUACCGCAUCACUACAAGGCAGGCAACCUCAUUGGCGGGACAGGGUUCGUGACAACGCUGAGGGCCGGUCCUGCCGAGUACAUCGCCGCCUUGGAUGCUGACAUGAUCCCUGAACCCGAAUGGCUUCGUGCGAUCAUGGCACACAUGGUGAUUGACCCCCGGAUGUCCCUAGUCUGUCCGCCGCAGCUCUUCUACAAUGUACCCGAGAGCGACCCGCUUGUGCAGAGCCUGGACGCUUUCGUGCAUGUCAUGGAACCUACGAAAGAUGCCUGCGGCGUUGCAUGGUGCACCGGUUCAGGUUAUGCUGUCCGUCGUGCUGCUCUCGACGCGAUAGGCGGAUGGCCCACCGGCUCUCUGGCUGAAGAUGUCUGCACGAGCUCCAUGCUGUUGGGCGCCGGCUGGCGUACAGCUUUCGUACACGAGGCCCUGCAAUUCGGCACAGUGCCUGAGACAUUCACUGGUCAUCUCAAGCAGCGGACGCGCUGGACACUUGGCACCUUGCAAACAGCAGUCAAGCUCCGCUUCUGCCUCUUCGGCAAGCUUACCCGCAAGAUGACCUUCUUCCAGCGUCUGUCCGGAUUCGUCUUUACGAUCGACGCCUUCUUCAAGAUCUUCUCUCUCAUCGCAUUGCUCACCAUCCCGAUCGUCCUCGUCAGCGGCGGGCAGCUCGUUGCCUUUGCCAACUACGGUCAGCUCCGCUGGCAGAUUCGGCUAUGCUUUGCCUCUCUUAUACUCACCCGUAUCAACGAGUAUAUCAUGUUUAUCCCGUCCGGCUACCGUCUCGCCCAGCGCGACUCUGGCGCACAACAAUGGAUGGCACCCUACCACGCGCUCACCAUUCUCACGGCGUUCAUCCUCCCCUCCUGGCUCGGCGGCAAGCCUAUGACCUUUUCGUCAUCCGGCUCUAUCAAAUCCGAGCUCAACGAGCGCGAUGCUCGCCUCCGUGCGCCGCUUUGGCGAAGGCUCAAGGUGAUGAUCUGGGACUGCAAGGUCUACCUUCACAUCUUAUACAUCGCCUUUGUCAUGACAUCCGUCAUCCUCAGCACCGUCCGCGCCUUCUUCAGGGACUCGGCAUACAAGGUUCUCGUCUACCUCCUCACUCACGCUUUCUGGCCCCCGCUCAUCUGGCUGCUGUGCAUCACUGCGUUCUGCGUGCCCAUUCGGUAUACGAUCUGGCCGCCAACUGUCCCAGAUCGCGAGGAGCUGCUGGACCGGGACCCGAAGACGGGGAUUGCGCAUCCGAAGCCUGAGUUCAAGAUUCAGAGAUGGCGGAAGGCGACCUUCUGGCAUGAGACGCAGUACACCGUUAUCACCAUCUUCACCGGAGUGAUCUUCUUCGGGAGCUUCUUUAUCUAA